AUGACCAAUGAAUCGACCAGUGAACCCAAACAUUCCAUUUCACGAUCUAAUGAAAUUCAAUCAAGCCGUAGUAUGACGUGUUGUAUUUGCUUAGAAAAUAUCGCUCUAACACGCAAACAGUUCGGCAUCCAGAAUAAUUGUGACCAUUUCUUCUGUUUUGAGUGUCUAUCUACCUGGCGUCGAAUGAGUGAUAAAGAAACCGGAAGACGAUGUCCAUUGUGCCGUACACGGUCGACAUUUAUCGCUCCUAGUUGGCGUUGUUUCACUGAUACUGACGAUAAACAAUCACUAAUCGGUGCGCAUAAACUACGAUUGAAAACGAGACCGUGUCGAACUUUUUUACGAUAUGGUUCAUGCCGAUAUGGUCGUCGAUGUUAUUAUAGUCAUCGAGAUUUAUCCGAUAGACACAAUCAAAAUCUACUGUUCGACUCUCAAUACUUGACUAGUGAAAAUAACCACGAAUCUUCAGGAAGAGUCACAUAUCAUUCACAUCGCUAUCGACCAUAUUGA